GGGAGCGCACAUAUUGUCCCUCACUCGCCUCUAAUCUUGCCUGUAGUCAUAACGGCGAACGGAUUCGCACCGAACGACUCCUGAGACCGACGAGAAGUUCACCGAAGACCUGCAGUUCGGCACCAUGAGAACUUUCUCAAGCUUGUUUGUUAGUUUGUCACUUUUUGCGGCGUGUCUUGCUAUUUCAAUUUCCACUGCGAGCGCUGACAGCUGUAAAGUAAAUGUGUGCUUGAACGGAGGAACCUGUGUGACCGAAGGAGGAAAAGAUCCCUUUAAAUGCAUUUGUGCUGAAGGAUUCACUGGACCCACCUGCAACGAGACUGAUUUUGGGCCCUGCAACCCUAACCCUUGUAAAAACGAUGGCUCCUGUGAAAUCGUCACCAACUCCCGAAGAGGAGACGUCUUCAGUGAAUAUGUCUGCAAGUGUCCAAUAGGCUUUGAUGGAAUCCACUGCCAGAACAAUGUGAAUGACUGUGCCGGCCAGCCCUGUCAGAAUGGAGGCACCUGUCGAGAUCUUGAUGGUGAUUUCACCUGUAAAUGUCCCUCGCCCUAUGUGGGAAAGCACUGCAAUCUGCGAUGCAUCUCUCUGCUGGGAAUGGAAGGAGGAGGCAUCUCCGAAUCUCAGAUUUCUUCCUCUUCUGUGUACUAUGGCAUUCUGGGAUUGCAGCGCUGGGGGCCUGAAUUGGCGCGACUGAAUAACAAGGGACUCGUUAAUGCUUGGACCUCUGCGACACACGACAAGAACCCCUGGAUCGAGCUGAAUCUGCAGAGGAAGAUGCGUUUCACUGGCAUCAUUACCCAGGGUGCCAGUCGCAUGGGCACAGCCGAGUUCAUCAAAGCCUUCAAGGUGGCAUCCAGUUUGGAUGGGCGAACCUACACCAUGUACAGACUGGAGGGCCAGAGCAAAGAUGUGAUCUUUGUUGGUAAUAUGGACAAUGAUGGGACAAAGACUAAUUUGUUCGAUCCUCCAAUCAUAGCUCAGUACAUACGAAUCAUUCCUGUUGUGUGCCGUAAAGGCUGUACACUGAGACUGGAGCUGGUGGGCUGUGAACUCAACGUGUAUUUGAACACGACAGGUUGCUCCGAGCCGCUAGGUAUCAAGUCACGGCUGAUCGAUGACAGGCAGAUGACAGCUUCAAGCACUUUUCGCACCUGGGGGAUCGAGUCGUUCACCUGGCACCCACAUUACGCUCGUCUGGACAAGCAGGGCAAGACCAACGCCUGGACAGCAGCCAGCAAUAACCACUCCGAGUGGCUGCAGGUGGACCUGCUCAGACCAAAGCGCAUCACAGGGAUCAUCACGCAAGGGGCCAAAGACUUUGGCAACGUGCAGUUUGUGUCCGCCUUUAAAGUGGCUCACAGUGAUGACGGCAAGUACUGGACCAUACUCAAAGACGACAAGACAAAAACAGAUAAGAUUUUCCCUGGCAACAGCGACAACAACGUGCACAAAAAGAACGUGUUUGAGCCCCCCUUCUACGCACGAUUCGUCCGCAUCCUGCCGUGGGCGUGGCAUGAACACAUUACCCUGCGAAUGGAGCUGCUGGGCUGCGAUGAGUAGAACUCCUCCAUCUCUCUCUCUCAUUCUCUCUCUCUCUCCUUCUCCUCUUUUAUACUUGCCUCCAUUCCUUCUUCCCUCAACCAUGCCUGCACUCCCUCACUCUUAGCAACAGAGGGCACCAUCGCCACACCACCCUGCACAGCUGGGGACCCAUGUCACAGAAGCUCAAACUCACAGCGUGAUGCAUUUAGCAUUAAAUAUUUUGUACUAACUAUAGUCUGAUGCAGUGGCCAUUUGUAAAUGAAGUCGAUGCUAAUGUGUGUUAAUGUUUAUUCACACUAGAUGACCAUAUUAGGAAAUAGCUUUUUUUUUUAGUUUUUAUAACUUUGUGUUGCAAAUGAGUUGUAACAAUUUUAUUUCAUUUUAUGUCAAAUAAAACUCAAACUCAAUUACAAUCAAUUGGAAAAAAGACUGUACAUACCAGAUAAGUCACAAUUUAUUUAUUUACACAGGAAUCAGUGUGUUAGGUUGGUUGUAAAUGCAGCCAAGCUGUUUUUUAUCUUAUCUUAUGAAGUAGUUUAAAUUAGGAAGUGAUGAAGUCACAAAAUAUGGUUGUGCUUUAUGCUAAUUUGUAUAUUAUGUAAUGAAAGUAGCAAUUUGAUCAUUUGUUUCUUGUAUAAAAUAUUUGGUUUAAAUCAAUUAAUUUUUUUUUUAACUAGGCUAAUGCAUUUUUUACAGUCUCAUCAAACCUUAGUAUAAAAAGUGACAGUCAAUCAUUUAUUAUUAUUUGAUUAGUUUUGUUUAAUUUGAAUGGCCACGGAUCUCAGGUGCAGUUCAAUCAUUUGCAGUGUGCUACUGAAUUAAA